AUGGGCGUGCCGCGUGUGCCGCCAAGGAUACCAUGGCAGCACCGGCAUGUGGGUGCAACAGAAAGGGCGCAGCGGAACAAUGAUGAGAGAGAGAAUGCGAGUGAAUGUGAAGAAGCGGACGGCUGGUCAGAGACUGAUUCCGACGCCGAGGAAUCGAUCCAAAGCAGCGGCUCUGUUUGGUCGAGUGCUUGGUUCCAUGUGUUCCCAGCGAGUGAUCGCACAACGGCGUCGCAAGGAGAGGCGCGGUUCGCGGUAGGCGGCAGUGAUGGAUCUAUUUCCAUCUUUUCACGUACGGCGUAUUCGAUGGCGUCUGAAUCUGUAAGUGCAACUCUAUGCAACUCAAUACACCUGAGCGUGAACAGUUCGUCAACGACAUCGCCAGCGACAUCGCCUUCGACAUCGCCUUCGACAUCGACAUCGUCGGCGAAAGACCAAAAUAAGUUGAUAACGCGCAAAAAGCACCGACGGAACUUGCAAAUGCUUGUUUCUAGUAUGUACUCACCCACAACGUCGGCGGCUUCAGGCGCUGAACAAUCAAGCAUGACCUGCAGUCCGAGUUUCACAAGUCGAGGCGCCGAUGGUGCUCAAGGAUCGGAUGGAAGUACUGCGGGCUCGACGGGGAUAUACUGUGCACUUCAAAGCCCAUUGCAUGCGCCACAGAGUGCAACGAUCGGCAUGACAAAGGCCACGUCUGGACCAGCCCAGCUAGACGAGCGUUCUUUCGGCGGUCAGGCCGAGCAUUUGCUGGAGGCACAAUACCAAUCUACGGACAUACCCAAAGUUAUCGAGCAUCCAGUGCUGGAUCAUCAUCCGCACUAUGUGCCCCGCACCCAUGAGCCACACCAAGAUAUGCAUCUUUCGAAGCAGGAUGCACACCGAACCGUUCCCGAUAACCAAUCGCGUCCCGCUUUACCACGAGUCGUUAGUGGACACACUUCACCCGAGAGAGAAAGCUCUUCUGAUACUUGGGCGCUUCAUGAUGGCACGUGCAAGUGUGUGUACCGACUCUACUCAUCGGAUACCUCAGCGAUCGUCUCAUUGCACGUUGACAACGACCUGCGAACACACCCACUUCUCAUCUCGUGCCAGGCAUCCGGCCGUAUAGUUGUAUGGGAUGCUACUUUCAUGACGCUUAUUGGGAGUGCUAUGAUUCGGUGCACUGAGCACAAGAGUGGUCAGGCUGGUCAUAGUGCUGAUGACGAUCAUGAAGAUGCCGGUGAUGUCGUGUGUGUGCAUCUUGAGCAUCAGAUUUUUGGAUCAACUUACAAGACUGUGGCAACUGCAGCAUUCUCCAUGCCAGCACCGGUCGGAUGUAUGCGUGUUCAACGUGUUCGAAUGACGGCCGACUCUGACGCAUCGAGCGCGUACGUCGCACUAAGCUGGCCGCAAGCGAGUCGUGCUUGUAUUGUAUGGGUCGACAUGACACGCGCUAUUCUUGUGCCAUGUUUAUUUGUAAGCUUGCCGGAUGAUCUGCAGGGGGAUUCACCUAUUGACUGGGAAUUGCAUGCUACUGGGAUGUCGGUAUGGUCGACGCCGCUUGCACCGGCCUCAGCUACGGCUCCUCCUUCACUGACGCCAACACUCGUUUUGGCUUACACAACGUCACACCAUAUGGUCGCAACGACAAAGUAUGUGUGGCAAGAUUCACUGGCGCUGCAGUAUUUCGAUAUGCUCUCACAUGGUCCCCACGCGCCCAGUGCGCCGCCGUCCUUGCCACCGUCUAUGGUCGUUAAGGAGCCUGUGCACCCAAUGAGCAUGACUGAACUCGGCGCACUGGAUCAGAAAGCGUUGCAGCUUGUUCUCCUGCAAGACAUUUGUGUAAUCACGACGAAAUCUUUGGUCUGUUCGAUGGACCGGCAUGCCCGCUCCGGAGUCGUGGACUCAUGCCAAUUACCUAGUCGGCCUGAGCGUCUUGUCAUUUUGGGCUCCUUACUGGGUGUGGUGUGUGUAGACGAUGUGCUUACGCUGCGAAUGUCGCCUGCAAGUCUACAACUGAAGGCCACUGAGUCACGGCCGUCUUUGCCUCACGUUGCUACUUUUUUGCCUGAGACAAUCCAGCUCAUAUGUGCCAAUACAAAUGGGGAUGAUAAGAACACCCUGGACAUGGAUCACGAGACCGAAUACUUAGCGGGCCAUACCCAUGGUGAUCCGGGGGCGAAUGUCACCACUGGCACCAGCUCUGACACAGCCCCAUCCACGUACCCAGCCUCUGCCACCCAAUCCUCACCCAAUCGUUUGCCAUGGACGGCCGUAUGGCCUCACAGUCUCAGUCGGAUUCUUUUGGCUCUAUCGUCGGGUGGUAUUUCCAUAACGACAUGGUCCAACUGGCUGAGCCAAGCCGUUCUACAGGACCGCUCUCCCGUGCCACACUCUGCGUCGUUAUGGGACGCCGAUGUAUCUGUAUUGCAAAGUGUCACAAAUCCCCGUACCGGCACGCGCCAUCUUAUUGGCGGCUCUGUCUUGGGAGAUAUUGGCGUUUGGCACGCCGACACGCUCCGUAUCGAGGCAUCGUGGUCUUGGUUCACAUCGUCCGUCCAAGCAGUCGUGCCUCUCCAUGGUGUCCAGCCCGUGUCGCGUUUGUUUGGUUGUGUCUUGUGCGUUGCGACCGACGGCACCUGUGCAUUACUUGCACUUGACGAUGUGCGCCUUGUUCAACUGUUCCCGCCCGCUGAUGUGCCCUUGUCUCUUGUGGGCGUGCAUGGAAACCGCCUGCUUCUUCAAUAUGGGCAUCAUCGUGUGCGUGUGUGGGAUGUCGAGACUCAAGACCUUGUUCGGAGUGAGGUCGGCGAGUCGAUUCACACACUCUUUCAUGGUCCGACCGCGUCUCCCUGGGCAUGUACUCGUAUUCCAGCCAUCGGUCACACACACGUUUCAACCGGCAUGCUUACGUCCUGCGGCUGUGCACAAGCCGAGACAGCGGGCAUCUUGUUGGCUAAUGUCCGACGCGCCGUGGAUGUUGUAUCCAAGCAGGCUCGUCUGGCACUUCAUGUGCCAUCUUUAGCCCCGCGUCUUGAGUCCUACACGCGCGCGCUACUGCCCGGUGCCUCAGCUGGUCUUCCGGCAAGCUCGUCCACCGGAUCAAUGGCCUCUGAUGCAAUGUCAGACACAUGUAUUCUUAGCCGCGAAAGUGCAGCCAGAGUGCAGGGUGUCUUGCUGCCACUUACCUCUACGCUCGUCCCUGUGGGCCUUGAUCCGAUCUUUGAUCUGAUCACACCGUCGCCGUCCUUUGUCCCUCUAGGUAUACCUGGCGCCGUCCAGGCGCAUGGCUGCAUGAGUAUGGCGUGCGAUACAGCACCCUAUGUGCGCUUUUGCAUAAGCCCCGAAGCGACUGCACAGCAUCUCCUCUUGAAUAUGGCUCUUGCGCUCCUGAACCGUGUGUUGGACGCCCGGUCACAGUCGACGAUCGAUGCUCUUGGAUCACCUGCUUUCAUGCAACGAGUUGCUGGUCCUGCAUUCGUAUUCCCUUCUUUGAGCUUCCUUGCUCUGUUCAUUCUCGAUGAGAACGAAGUGCUGCGCACGUCGGCCAAGAUCUUGUUCCAUGCGUAUGCUGCCGCUGCACCAGCUCGCGUACUGUCACGCUUGGAACAAAGUUGGUCUAUGCAUCUGCCGACAUCUGCGCGACGUCCGACGCCUCUCACAUCACAUGCCGUUCUUCUUCUUGGCCUGCUUUGUGCCGAGCGGUAUGCUUACUUUUCCCCUGCUCUACUGAAGCAUGUAGCGAACAUGGUGCUUCACUUUCUCGCGAAACCAGAGCGUGGCACUCUACAGGCGUAUAUCGCACUGGAACUUUGUUCGGGAUGCCAUGUAUGGCAACAUUACAUCGAUACCGUGGACAUGGUCCGUCGCGUGUUCGCGAUCGCCACACUUACUGAGCCAGAAGAGGAAUCGUCGGCGACGAAUUCAACGACGUCUGCAUCUACCUCUGCGUCGACGUCGCACGUCCGUCUGAUGGGGCUCACGCUGCGCGGACUUGCGCGUCGUGUGACACUUGAACUCGCCGAGAAGCACAGUACACUUUUCAUGAGUACGCUCGCGAUGGACAUUUUGCAUGCGCCAUCUGUCGUACAAAGCCAAGUGACAUUGCGACUCGUGGCCUUUAUCAUUCAUCAAAAACCUCUUGUCCUAUAUCCAAGUCUUCCACGUCUCGUCGAAGCCGUCGUCAAGUCACUCGAUCCUACGCAUGCAAUGGUGCGUUCGAGUCUCGCAAAGUCGGCGACUCUCAUGAUCAACGAACUUGUGCAGACGUAUCCGACCAUCGCCUUCCACGGCGGCACACAGCGCCUUGCUGUCGGUACACACGAUGGGCCUGUCGUCCUGUACGACCUGAAGACAGGCACCCGGUUGUAUGUUCUUGAUGGCCAUAAGUGUGCGGUCACAGCGUGUUCCUUUUCUCCUGAUGGCCGCCGCUUCUUGUCCAUGAGUCUCGCAGAGGAGCUUGUGCUCAUCUGGCAGCUGCAUGCCGGCGUGCUCGACAUGUUCCGCCGCCCAUCACGCUUCGGUGCGCGCCAUGAACCUUCGUCAGACUGUCGUUCCAUUCAGAUCCAUCUCGGCCCUGCGGCUCAGUUGUCACAGGCCGAUACUCUGCGUCAGGUAAAAUUCGAAUGGCGCGACUCGCGAAGCGUGCGCUUGUGUGUCGGUCAGGCGCACGUGAACGUGGGGGUCGUGUAG